AUGUUUGAAGAUUUGAAGUAUGGAAUUUGUCCCCAAGUAUGUUUCAUGAUCAACGGCCAUCAGUACACUCAUGGGUAUUAUCUUACGGAUGGUAUCUACCCAAAAUGGUCCACCUUGGUUCAAUGCUACCGUCAUCCUCCUGCCGGUGCAUUGGGACGUUCAUACCGACAUUUUAACACCGCCAAAAUUGCAGCGAGGAAGGAUGUGGAUCGUGCUUUUGGAAUUUUGAAGUGGAAGUUCGCUAUCAUAUGUGGGCCAUAUCGUGGGUUGAGUCCUCGUGAAAUUCACAAGACUAUGCUCAUUUGCAUAAUUCUUUAUAACAUGGUCAUUCAGGAAACCCGUCGUGAUUCGGAGUGGACGGAGAUUCAACCACAAAGAGGCGUCCCUGCAAGAAAUUAUGCUCAAAUGACUAAUUACAUUCAGAACCAGAAUUUUUAUGACAGUUUAAGAGAUGAUCUGAGAGUGAAUCUUUGGGCAGAGCAUGGAAGACAGUGA